AUGGCGGACACCGCCUCCGAAGAACCACCACAUCUCGGACCUCCAUCAACAUCAUCAACUUCUACAACGAUAUCUGCGUUGUCUACCACCAAUUACCUAUCCGAAGAACCACCACAUCUCGAACCUCCAUCAACAUCAUCAAAUUCUACAACGAUAUCUGCGUUGUCUACCACCAAUUACCUCCACCCCCGCCGUGAGCCCUUCGAGCACGGCCUUCUCCCCAUCCCCAAACUAAUUUUUCCUGACGCCACGCAAACCCUUUCCCAUCUCAAAUCCACCCUUCUGGCCGCCGAUUCGUCCAACCGGGUCAAUCCGGAAACCCUCGCCGGAGCUCUCCAGAUCUCUAUUGACAAUUCUCGGCUUAUCCUGGAAACCUUGUCUUCCGUCCUUCAUGAUGACUCUGAUCCUUUGGUCAAUGCCAAGACUCCGCAGGAAAUCGAUUCGAUUGGAGUUAACGUGUUUGAUUUGCUGGUUUAUUUGUAUAUACAGAGUUACAAGAGGUUGCUUCCCAAAGGGCAUAAGGAUUCUGCUGCUGUUGCUGAUGUUUGGCCCUCCACCUCUGCUUUUGACGGGUUUUUGUCCGCCCUUUCACCGUUACAGCUUGUGCGCAGCAACAAUCGUCGAUUUAUGCCAUCUCAAGCUGAUGAAGAGGCUCACCAGCUGUCCUAUCUACAGAAGCACCUGGGCAAUAUUGUGUCCCUCUUGGCAGACUGUGUAGAAGGGGAAGUGGAAGACUCUCUGGUUGUAUCAAUGGAUAUAUUUGAGCAUAUUGGAUUUCUAUUGUACUUUGGGGAAAAGGGAUCAGAGAGGACCUCCCUGAGCCAAAAUUCUCCAUUUUUUGCCAAUUCAGAUCCCGACAUGCCUGCUGUUCCUGUUCCUGCAUCACAAGUUCUUGAUUGGCUUCUACAAAAUGUAGCCACUGCAUUGGAACAUAUUUCUGAGAGAAUUUCUUCAAAAGAGAAUGGGCCAAGCAGUGCCUCUGAUCAAGAUGUUACAAUGGCUGAUGUCAGCACAAGUCCAGCGAAGACCUUAACCAGUGCUAGAGGUCCAAGCUUCAUUGAAGGGAUCUCUAAGUCAUCAUAUCUAAAGAAAGCAUCUGAUCUUAAAGGCUCUUCUGUAAAGGUUGUAAAUUGCCACGAAUCAGUAAUUUACAUUUUAGCACCGCUGAGAUAUGCAACAGUCUAUGGAUGUUCUGAUGCAACUAUUGUUCUGGGAGCCGUGGGCAAGGCUGUUAGAGUGGAACAUUGUGAACGUGUUCAUCUAAUCACAGCAGCAAAACGUAUCUGUAUUGCCAACUGUCGUGAAUGUGUGUUUUUCUUUGGGGUAAAUCAACAACCUCUAAUGGUUGGUGAUAACCAUAAAUUGCAGGUUGCUCCAUAUAAUACAUUUUACUUACAAUUGGAGGAGCACAUGAAUCAAGUUGGCCUUGACCCUAGUAUCAACAGGUGGGAUGAACCUGUGGCACUUGGAGUGGUUGAUCCCCACGAUUCAUUAUCUCAUCCUGCUGGUGUCUCAGAUGUUCAAGCUGAAUCUGCUACCCGCCUAGACCCGGACCAGUACACUAAUUUUUUGAUUCCGAACUGGUUGGGAGGUGAACUUGAAGGGUCCACAAAAGAAAACCCUUUUACUUUACCUGAUGCUUACCUGGCAUCUCAACAGAGAAAUCACGGAAACCUGGAGGAAAUUAAGCAAAUUUUGAGAGAAACUUCGCUUGAAGACAGCAGGAAACGGGAACUAUCAAGUGCUCUCCAUGUAUACUUCAAAGACUGGUUAUAUGCAUCAGGAAAUAUUAGGCAGCUUUACUGCUUACAAGUUCAGACUCCUCUUGCCAUUUUUGUUGGUGCUGGAGUCAGAGGGCAUCUGGAACUUUAG